UCCUCCAUUCGCAGCAGUCUUAUUGAUACGUUACCUACGUGAUUAAACAACAUGGAUCCAUUUGUAAAGAUUGUUUUGGUCUCGUACUACUACUGGGCAUAUUAUUUCAAAAUCAUUUAAUCUCAGAUAAAGAAUACUUGCAAUAGUUUUUGGUAAAGUCGUGAAGAUGAAACUUAUUAACUGAUUUGAAAGUUAUUAGUGUUUAUUAAAGACUUUGUAACGUUUUUUUUAAAAUUGAAGUACGAAGACAUUACACUUUAAAGUUUAAUUGCUAACCAGUAUGUAGUUCAGAGUAAGCUUUAAAAGUUUAACUUUAAGUUUCAAUUAAUAAUAAUAAUAUAAACGUGAAACUUAAUGGAACUAUGGAAGAAUUGAACAUGAAAGUUGAAUUAAUUUCUGAAAAGGAGCAGGAUGUUUCAUCUGAUAUCAAAUUAGUGAAAAAUGAAGAAAGUUUUACAUUAACAAGUUCAAUGGGAGAAGCUGGUUUUUUAGAAGAAAGAUCUUCACAUACCACUUUGAAGUUUGGUCUAACAAAAGAGGAGCAAGAAGAGAACUGUGAUAGAACAAUGGAGAAAACUGAGAACAUAUUUGACAGAGUGAAAACAGAACACCCUGAUAAUCUACCACAAGAUGAGGUUAUUUCAAAGUUCAGUGACAACAAUGAUGAUGAUCUGGAUAGUUCAAAACAUGGUGUUAUGAAUGUGCAAACAGAAACUGAAUUUCAAGAUUUACAACAAAUUGAAUCUAGGUUGGAAAGUACAUGUAAUGUAAAGACUGGUGUGAACAUCUGUUCUGGAAGUCAGUUUCCAGAUUAUCAAGUUUUAAAACAAGAAGAUAGCUGUACAGAAGUCGUGAAAUCUGAAAAUCCAAACAAUGAUGUUUGUGGAAAAAUAAGCUUUAAUGGAAAUAACCUAAAACAACAUAAUAUACCUCAGGGUGGUGACAAACCAUACAGUUGUGUAUUCUGUAGACAAGAAUUUGGAACAGUGGAUAACCUAAAACAACAUAAGAGGAUGCACACUGUAGAGAAACGUUACAGUUGUACAGUUUGUGAAAAACAUUUUCGAACAAAUAGUGCAUUAAAACUGCACCAGAGAAUACACACUGGAGAUAAAACUAACAGGUUAAUAGCAUGUGGAAAACACUUUGGGACAAAUAAUGAAUUAAAACAUCAGAGGAUACAGGCUUUUAUGAAACCUUACAGUUGUGAAGUUUGUGGCAAACAACUUGGAAGUAACUCUUACUUAAAAAUACAUCAAAGAAUACACACUGGAGAGAAACCUUACAGUUGUGUAGUAUGUGGAAAACAGUUUGUAAAAAAUAGUGAUUUGAAAGUGCAUCAGAGAAUACAUACUGGUGAGAAACCUUACAGUUGUGUAGUAUGUGGAAAACUCUUUAGAACAAAUGGUGAUUUAAAAGUGCAUCAGAGAAGACACACUAGGGAGAAACCUUACAGUUGUGCAUUUUGUGAAAAACAAUUUGUAAGGAACAGUGAAUUAAAUCAACAUCAAAGAAUACAUGCUGAAGAGAAACCUUACAUAUGUGUAGUUUGUGGAAAACAAUUUUUAAGAAAUGGUGAAUUAAAUCAACAUCAAAGAAUACAUACUGGGGAGAAACCUUACAGUUGUCCCAUAUGUGGAAAACAGUUUGUAAGAAACAGUGAAUUAAAUCAACAUCAAAGAAUACAUACUGGGGAGAAACCUUAUAGUUGUGCAGUUUGUGGAAAACACUUUGGAACAAAUAGUGAAUUAAGAAAUCACCAAAGAAUACACACUGGGGAGAAACCUUAUAGUUGUGCAGUUUGUGGAAGAGAAUUUCGAAGUAACUCUUACUUAAAAGUACAUCGGAGAACACACACUGGGGAGAAACCAUACAAUUGUGCAGUUUGUGGAAAACAAUUUCUAAGAAACUCUUACUUAAAAUUGCAUCAGAGAAUACACACUGGGGAGAAACCUUACUGUUGUUCAGUUUGUGGAAAACAGUUUCGAGGGAACUCUUACUUAAAAAUACAUCAGAGAACACACACUGGGGAGAAACCUUACAGUUGUCCAGUUUGUGAAAAACAGUUUGUAACAAACAGUGAUUUAAAAGUGCAUCAGAGAAUUCAUACUGGGGAGAGACCUUAUAGUUGUGCAGUGUGUGGAAAACAUUUUGUAACUAGUAGAUCCUUUAAAAUUCAUCAAAGAAUACACACUGGUGAGAAACCUUACUGUUGUGCAAAUUGUGGAAAAGACUUUGGAACAAAUACUGAAUUAAAGGUGCAUCAAAGAAGACAUACUGGGGAGAAGCCGUACAGUUGUAUAGUGUGUGGAAAAAAAUUUGUUGCAAACAGUGAUUUAAAAGUGCAUCAGAGAAUUCAUACUGGGGAGAAACCUUUCAGUUGU